UGCUCUCCGGGCUGCUGCUCAGGGGGAACGCUGCCGUGCCAGUGGCUUGUGCUCUGCUCCUAUGGACUUGGACAGCCAGGUUAUUUUUUGAGCUUUGCAAGGCUAUUUGCUGAUUGUAUAAUUCAAUUUGUCAAGGAAAAAAACCUGAUAAGCAGAAGCUCUUGCUGAAGAGGAGAAUCAGGUUGGCGCAGUGACAGAUGUUCGGAUAAAGAAGUUGGCUCAGAGAAGACGUACGGGGUCUGAUUUUUUUUUUCUUUUUUUUUCCUCCCCCUCAAUCUGAAUGAAGACUAUCAUGGGAACUGCAUUCACAUGGUGAUCAAAAGAAACACUUGAGUGAUGAACUGCUUUUGCAGAAGUCGUCUAAGGCAGUAAUUUGAGCUUUUGUGUGCAGUAGCUAGCUUGUUUUGCUGAAGCAUUCCUCCUCAACAGUAUUUCUGCCUUGUGAAUUCCCUGAUGGAGAAGCCACAGCUACUGCCCGGUGAAGGAAGAAUGAAUGCUCCGCAUUGCUUGUGUCCCUGACGGAGUAACACCGGCUGCGUUGCUGUCGUUUGGGGAGGCUGGAUUCCACCGGCAAUAUUAUUCAAGGAGUUCAUUGUCCCUGUGCUCUGACUCAUCGCAUGUAAAUGUGCUGCAGCCGUGCUGCACGUUGCAGCUAUUUUUCUUGCAUGGGAAAGAAUUAUUUUCCUCUAAGCAGGUCCUGAAUAGCUGCUGGAACCGAGAUGCGUUUUUCUGGCUGGGCUGUUUCUGGCAUUGAGAGAGGAAGCUGUAGAACGGCAGGAUGAGCAGGGGGCGCGUUUAUUUCCAGUCACCAGAGAGGCUGCGACGGUUGGUUUAAAACUGACCUUGCGGGAGUGGGGAAUAGCUGCGGCCGCCUCUUUCGGGGCAAUUGUUCCUUGUUCUGUCCUCGGUAGGACCGUCUCGUGUCUUCUGCAACAAUGAUUUCACUGUGGGGGUAGAAGGACGCUGUGGAAGUUGUGACAUUAACAAAGACAAAUUUGCUCGUGAAAGGACAGCUGUGUGCGACAGUGAGUGCUGUUCGAAUGGAAUUGGAUCUUGGGAUAUUUUUAUCAGCUGUUCCACAGUUUCGUUGUGGUUUGAUGCCUAGGGAAUUUUUAUUUUAAAAACAACAACUUUUUUUUCAGCAGUGUCUUGAACGUCUCGGGGGCUUAAAUCUGAAAAAUGAAGUGUGAGGGGGGAUUGGAAUGUCCCUUUUUAAAUGCAAAUACACCAGCGGUAGCACUCGCAAGUUUGUGAGGGCAUGCGAAAACAGGUGAAAGUGUUUCCUCUAUGGUCCCUAUUGCUAUACCUGCGCUCUGGUUCCAAAAAUACCACUGCUGGCAUUUUUUUGUUUGCUUUUGUGUACUCAAACGGAUCGAAUGAGUCGAGUCUGUAUUGUUGUUUUGGAGGAGGAGGAAGAUGAUUCUCCCACAUUUAUUUCCAAUUUGCCUCAGGAAAAUUUAUCUUUACGUCCAUCGCCCUCUGGAAAUGUGCUGCCACCAUUGGUUCAAGCUAUAUUUAAUGGAGAUCCUGAUGAAGUUCGAGCACUAAUAUUCAAGAAAGAAGAUGUUAAUUUUCAGGAUAAUGAGAAAAGGACCCCUUUACAUGCUGCUGCCUAUCUGGGAGAUGCAGAAAUUAUUGAACUACUUAUUUUAUCUGGAGCUAGAGUUAAUGCCAAAGACAGCAAAUGGUUGACUCCUUUACACAGAGCUGUAGCAUCUUGUAGUGAGGAUGCUGUUCAGGUGUUGUUAAAGCAUUCAGCGGACGUCAAUGCUCGUGAUAAAAACUGGCAGACACCGCUACACAUAGCAGCUGCAAACAAAGCUGUGAAGUGUGCUGAAGCUUUGGUGCCUCUCCUAAGCAAUGUAAAUGUGUCUGAUCGAGCAGGCAGAACAGCAUUGCAUCAUGCAGCCUUCAGUGGACACGUUGAGAUGGUCAGCUUACUGCUGUCUAGAGGGGCCAAUAUCAACGCAUUUGACAAGAAAGACAGACGAGCUAUACAUUGGGCAGCAUAUAUGGGUCAUAUUGAAGUUGUGAAGUUACUCGUGACCCAUACAGCUGAAGUGACAUGCAAAGACAAGAAAUCAUAUACACCCUUACAUGCUGCAGCAUCUAGUGGGAUGAUCAGUGUAGUCAAAUAUCUUCUGGAUCUUGGUGUUGAUAUGAACGAACCAAAUGCCUAUGGAAAUACUCCUCUCCAUGUAGCUUGUUACAAUGGGCAAGAUGUUGUAGUGAAUGAACUCAUAGACUGUGGUGCUAAUGUAAAUCAAGUGAAUGAGAAGGGAUUUACACCUUUGCACUUUGCCGCUGCGUCAACACAUGGAGCAUUGUGUUUAGAGCUUUUGGUCUGCAACGGAGCAGAUGUAAAUAUAAAGAGUAAAGAUGGAAAAACACCUUUGCACAUGACAGCGAUCCAUGGUAGAUUUUCAAGAUCCCAAACCAUCAUUCAAAAUGGAGCUGAAAUAGACUGUGAGGAUAAGAAUGGAAAUACCCCUUUGCACAUAGCAGCUAGAUAUGGCCAUGAGCUAUUAAUCAACACACUGAUUACGAGUGGUGCUGACACUGCAAAGCGGGGUAUACAUGGGAUGUUUCCUCUCCAUUUGGCAGCAUUAAGUGGAUUUUCAGACUGCUGCAGAAAGCUCCUCUCAUCAGGUUUUGACAUUGACACACCAGAUGACUUUGGCAGGACUUGUCUUCAUGCAGCUGCUGCUGGAGGGAAUUUGGAGUGCCUAAAUCUUCUGCUAAAUACUGGUGCAGACUUCAACAAAAAGGACAGAUUUGGAAGAACUCCACUCCAUUAUGCUGCUGCCAAUUGUAAUUAUCAGUGCCUGUUUGCCCUUGUGGGAUCUGGAGCUAGUGUGAAUGACCUUGAUGAGAGGGGUUGUACACCUCUGCACUAUGCAGCUGCAUCAGACACAGAUGGGAAGUGCCUGGAAUACUUGCUAAGAAACGAUGCCAACCCGGGGAUCCGAGAUAAACAAGGAUACAAUGCAGUUCAUUAUUCAGCUGCUUACGGUCAUCGCUUGUGUCUUGAAUUGAUUGCAAGUGAAACACCUCUAGAUGUUCUAAUGGAAACAUCAGGUACUGACAUGCUGAAUGAUUCAGACAACAGAGCACCCAUAAGUCCACUGCAUUUAGCAGCCUAUCAUGGCCACCAUCAAGCUCUAGAAGUGCUGGUGCAGUCACUGCUGGACCUUGAUGUGAGGAAUAACAAUGGAAGGACACCACUGGAUCUUGCUGCCUUUAAGGGACAUGUGGAAUGUGUAGAUGUGCUCAUUAAUCAGGGAGCAUCCAUCUUGGUGAAAGAUUAUGUUGUAAAGAGAACUCCAAUACAUGCUGCAGCUACAAAUGGUCAUUCAGAAUGUUUGCGGCUAUUGAUAGGAAAUGCAGAACCACAGAAUGCAGUGGACAUUCAAGAUGGAAAUGGACAGACUCCUCUGAUGUUGUCAGUUCUCAACGGGCACACCGAUUGCGUUUAUUCACUCCUUAACAAAGGAGCAAAUGUAGAUGCCAAAGAUAAGUGGGGAAGGACGGCAUUGCAUAGAGGGGCAGUUACUGGGCAUGAGGAAUGUGUGGAAGCGCUGCUUCAACAUGGUGCUAAGUCCUUACUACGAGACUGUAGGGGACGAACCCCGAUACACUUGUCAGCUGCAUGUGGCCACAUAGGUGUUCUGGGAGCUCUCCUGCAGUCAGCGACAUCUGUGGAUGCAGUACCUGCAAUAGCAGACAAUCACGGCUACACAUCACUGCACUGGGCCUGCUAUAAUGGUCAUGACAGUUGUGUAGAGCUGCUCCUGGAACAGGAAAUCUUUCAGAAAAUGGAAGGAAAUUCUUUCAGUCCCUUGCAUUGUGCUGUGAUAAAUGACAAUGAAGGUGCUGCAGAAAUGUUAAUUGAUACACUAGGUGCUGGUAUUGUAAAUUCAACAGAUUCAAAAGGAAGAACUCCUCUGCAUGCAGCAGCUUUUACAGAUCACGUUGAGUGUCUACAGCUUCUGCUUGGUCACAGUGCUCAAGUAAAUGCUGUAGAUUCUUCUGGGAAAACACCUUUAAUGAUGGCUGCAGAAAAUGGACAGACGAAUACAGUUGAGGUGCUGGUUAGCAGUGCUAAGGCUGAUCUGACUUUGCAAGACAGUUCUAAGAACACAGCACUCCAUUUGGCUUGCAGCAAGGGUCAUGAAACUAGUGCCUUGUUAAUACUGGAGAAGAUUACGGAUAGAAACCUCAUCAAUGCCACCAAUGCAGCCUUGCAAACACCUCUGCAUGUUGCUGCUCGAAAUGGACUAACGGUUGUAGUUCAAGAGCUUUUAGGGAAGGGAGCAAGUGUACUUGCUGUAGAUGAAAAUGGCUACACACCGGCUUUGGCCUGCGCUCCCAACAAGGAUGUGGCCGAUUGCCUGGCUCUCAUUCUGGCCACCAUGAUGCCUGUUUCAUCAAGCAGCACAUUACCUGCCCUUACCUUCAAUGCCAUUAAUCAUUACACCAACACCUCAAAAACUGUCACCUUUGAUUCCUUGCCAAUCAUGAGGAGUGACCACAGCUCUUACUGUACUUUUAACAACAUUGGCAGGGAAGGUGGCUAUCCGUAUACAGAAGACGACGAGCUCAAUGACUCAGAUUCUGAGACGUAUUAGAAGCUACAUUUUGUAGGUCUGAGGAGUGAACCCUCACGCUGGAAGGUCAGACUUGCGCUCUCGGAAAGCUGUUGGUGUUUCAAUACAGAAAGAGGACAGGCCUUUGAGAAGAUGUUUUUAUUGUGGUUGCAUAAAAAAAAAAUCUGUGAGACUCUAGGAAGAUUUUUAAGAGCAUAUUUUGCAGAAGAAGCAUGAAUUCUUGAAUAAGUACUUGGAAUCCAUGGCAAAAAAAAAAAAAAAAAAAAAAGAAUGUCAAAACUGUUUUAUUUAACUGUAUUAAUACCAUUCUGUUUCUGGUGCCGGGAGUAAUUCCUGCAGACUGGGCACCCGACUUGAUGUAAAUGAACAACACUAUUGUUCAACACAAAGGAUGCUUGAUUUAAAUAUUCUCAGUAAAACUAAAACCAUUUUGAAGGCAAUAAAUGAGUUUGGUACAGUAGGCAUUGUUUGUGCUGCAAAUUGCCAAAGGACCAAAUAACUUAAAGAUUUUUUUAAUUAAAUAAAUUUUUGUGAAAACUGGAAUAGGUUAUUUGAGAAGUUGUUUCAACCAAACCUUAAUUACUUCUGGAAAAGAAGCUUAGAUUUGGGUUUAAAUGUUGAAUUUUAUUUUUUUUAAUUCUCUGAAAGCCUUCCGACACUAUUAAAUGUACCAUGAAAGAAAGCAGAUGUACUUUUAAGUUUUAUUUUCUUUUUCGUUUAGAUGAAAUGAAAAUGAUCUUGUCAUACUUUUAUAAUACUGAAGUUAAACCAGCUAACAAGGUGAAGUCAGGGUGAAAAAUGUACAGUGUAAUAAACAAGGGAAGGGGUGGGAGACGUGGGAGGGAAGUGGGAAGCAGUAAUUGUUGCACAGUUUUAGGGUUUUUUUAACUUGGGUUUUGGAUUGAGAUUUUUCUUAAUUUAAAAAAUACACUAGUAACUUGGAAACUAUGAAACUGCGUAAAACAAAUUGAAAUGUCUUGAUAACCCUGUUGUGACUGAGAGUUCUUUUCAAUAAUUUAUCCACUUCCUUACAUCAUAAAUUUGUAUGUAAGAUAAAAAUUGUAUAUCCUUAUCACCUUUUUUUUUUUUUUUUUAAUCCCAGAGUUACAAAGUGUGGGGGGAGGUGAAUUUAAAGUAUAUUUCCCUAUUAGAGAAAAAAGUACAGUGUCUGGUCUGUGGGAAGAGCUGUGUAUCUUUGUUGUGCUCCAUUUAGAAAAUAAACAGCAGAAACAGGUCCCUUAAUGUAGUUCAGACUUGCCCAAAUAUUUUUUUUUAAUUUAUAACAGACUACUCUUUUUUUUAAUUGCCUGAAGAAUGAAAAACUGACAUAAGUAAGCUGAAGUUUUGUCUGUUAAAUAUGAAUAUUUACUUUAUUUGGCUCUGCUUUAACUAUAACUGUUACUUUUCAAGUGAAUUUGUUUAUGUACAUGCAAGGAAUCCUUGCAUGUCCUGGCUAAGUACAAAUAAAUUACUACAAACUGAUUCCAAUUUCAUUUUUAUCCUUUUUUUUGUAUUGUAAAACUGGAAAACUUUGUAAAUUACAGCUGCUUUUCUGAACAUAGUGUAGAAACACGGGACAAUAUUUUGAUCUAUUUGAUAAUUUUGUGGGGUUUUUGAAGAAUUAAUGAGCAUGUACAUAGAAAUAGUGACUGCUUGAAUACUGUAUUUACCUGCACUCUUUCAGUACUUCAAGAAUCCUGUAUAUUUUAUAGAUUAUAAUAAAACCCAAAUUUGAGUUCUACUAAUGAAUAAUUUAUUUGCAUGUACUAAGGAUUGAUGACAAAGUCUCUUGUCGAAAUGUUAGAAUUUAUAAAAUCUGCUUCACAAAGGCUUUGCCAGCAUUUCAAUUCUAAAGGAAGGUGAGCUAUUUAAAGUAAUUUUAAAUGUUAAAUUACUUCAUUAUUCCUUUAAGCUUCCUUUUAAUUAUUACUUUCUUAACCAUUUGUGCCUGUGUUCAUUGUUUAUAUAUGCAAUAUGUUUAUCUGUGAGCAGAAUUAGAUGACUUCAGGGAGGUCGUGAUUUCUGUGCGUUCUUCCCUCUGAAUCUCACAUGUGUGGCUGUGUGGCAGUGAUGUACAUGCCUCAGCUGGGCACGCAGGCAGCACUCAGAAGAUCCAUAUUGGCCUGUCAUGAGAUUCACUGUAACUAUUUAAAUUCAAAGGUUGAAGCAGCGUGGACCCGUUUUUUAUUUCAUAUGCUCGUGGGAAAUCUGGAUGAGAACACCAAGCAGUGUGUUAUUUAAAAGGAAACAGCUGCAUAUUUCUGUUCGUGAAACUGUCUGAAUUUUGUUGAUUCAAAGGCACUGUGAGAAGAUGAUAAUUAUUAGGCCUUGAUUAUCUAUGCUGACCUCUGACUCCAAGAUGACCUGUUAGCUCAGUGUAUGGUGUCUGUAUCCAUAGGGAACUUUAUAGGAGGGAACACUCCAGACUUACUGGGUAAUUAGCAGUGCAGUAGAGGCUGAGCUGUCCAUGUCCACUGUGUGUCUGGAGGAGAAAAGGCUCAGAUGGCACUGGUUUGUUUAUCAAAGAUUUGGAUAUGGAAUACAGGGAAAUGCAGGAAACAGUGCUGUUGAACAUGUUUGUUUCCUUAGGUCGAUCAGAAAUUGUGCCUUUCUUUCGGUUCAUUGCUACUCACCUCCUGGGGAAGAAAACCAUUUCUCUGUGUUAAAUUGCAUUUUUUCUUUAAGUUGGGUUUUGUGAACUUUUAGAGCUAAAUAUCUGUCUUUUUUUUUGUUGCAAAUUGUUAAGACCAUUUAGGGAUUCAGAAUUAGAUGGUUUUGUAUCUUAUCUAUCUCAUCCUUACAAUUUACUCAGUGAGCCUGUAGAUUGCAAUUUGCAUGUAUUUGUUAAAACAAACAACUUCAUUACUACCUGGCUGUAUGGGUAGGACAGUAAUUGUGCCUUGUAAGUGAUAAUUGAGACUAUUAUCAUAAAAUGGUCUAAUUCCAAAAAUGGAAUGUGAUUUGUUUAAAGACCAUGCUUCUGUGGUCAGAGACCACUUUCCUAACGAGAGGUCAAGGAACAGGAGGUUCCUUGUUUUGAAAAGCAAAUAAUGGUGUUGGUGGCUGGAGGAGGGGUAAAAAAAAAAAAAGUGUUCAUACCUCAGUUGGAGGCCUCUUCAUUUCCAGAAAAUUAUACUGGAGCCUCAAUUUUUCUAAAAGAAACCCUGCUCAUUUUGUACAGACAAAUAUGGGACAGUUAGUCUUACAGCCUUUAUCCAAACAAUCUCUUGGAUUUUCACCAAGGGAGAACAGUGAGCCUUGGCUGGACCAUUAAAGCAAUAUAUCAGAAUAAAAUAAACUCUUUUUGUCCUGGAGGGAAAAAAAAUUAAAUGGACUCCAGGAAUGAGGACAGCUGGCUCUGCUCAGCUCAGCUCUGUGUAUUCUGACUUCUGGGAUGUUUUAUGGGUUUUUCAGUUCUCAGGAUAAAUGUUCUGCAGAAGAAAAUGCCAAGUCAGUUAGUAAUUAUUAACCUCACAGUCUGAGCUGUUACUUUUAGAGUGCUGUGUUGCAGCAUAAAUGCUGGAUGCUGAUAAAAGGAAUCAGUCUGUCUUGCCCCCACAUGCAUGCCCGAGAGUAACUCUCCUGUCUUAUAAUUCCUUAUAAAAUCUCGACUUCUGUGUCUCCUGUUUUGUAUUUCCUCGUUUUACUUUUUAUCACCUUCACAUGCUUAGAUGUCUCCAAAAUAUUUGUGUAAAUAUAUGUGGAACAAUCAGAGCUAGAAAUAAGCAGUUUUUAAACUUAGAUUUUGGUUGCACUUGUUUCAGGUUUUUUUCUGGUUGUAUAUUUUGUUUAAAAUUCUGACUUGUCUAUGUCCUGGUUUCAGCCGUCAGGCUAAAGAAUUAACAAAUGUUUGGUUGAAAAAAAAUUAAUAUUUAAAUCCAAAGUUUUGCUCCUUUUGACAUCUACAAAAAGGGCACUGAAGAUACCAAAGCUGUUACCAAAGCUGGAGGGAAGAUGACUAAAAAGAAGCAUGAGAUAAUGUUUGUAGAUUCUCCAACCAAAUAAAUUCUGGUUUUGAGAGGAAUUAACCUUCCUUUGCCCAGAUAUGAUGUCAAUUUAAAGACAACUACCGUAGUAAUCCAGAAUAACAUGCUCUAUUUACAUUCUAGUUUACAAAAAAAAUUAAGAAAAUGUUCAUUAAAUGCAGCUGGUUGGAGAUAAGACAACUGUUUUGGUAGCUCAGCUUCUCUUAUGCAAAAAAAAAAAAAGUGAUGACCUUUCUGUUGAUCAUUCAGUAGCUGGGUAAGAGGAUCAUCCUAUAGAAAGAUCGUAAGCAACAUUAAAUACUGCACAAAGAACUGGUUAGCCUUUACUUGUGAGAAGUUUGUCAUAAUCAUGGGACAUUUUAAACACUUCUAGAUGUCUCCAGGGAGCCCAUAUGAGUUUGGAUCAGUGAAGUUCACAUCUUAAAAAACUGAAACCUAAAUAAAAAGGGUAAGUGUUUACGGACACAGCAGUUCUGGAGAACUGGAGGCCGCACUCUUUGGCUCAGUGUACCACCAGCUGGGCAGGGGAGCUCCACAGGCUUCUGUUGCUCCAGCUGCAGGAGCAGCAGGAGGACCUGGCAGGAGGACUCUCCUCAUCUCCCACCACUUUAUUCUGGGCCUCUGGUGAUGGUACAUACCCACUUCCAAAAGGAAAUGCCAUGGCACUUCUGGUUAAAAAGCACUGAUUCCUUUAGACAGUAAUUCUUGAUAAUCCUGUCCUGCUUGGAAUCAAACUAAUAAUGUUGGAGAGAAAGGCCUUUAUUAUAAUCUCUUAAUAAGUAGUUUAAACUUAUAACGCUACCUCCACAGAUCUGGAUUUAAUCUCAGCAAAAUUCAUUUUAAUAUCAGGAAAAAGUGAGUAUUUAAAUUCUUAAAGUUGGUCGAGGAAAUUCAUAUAAAUCCUUAAAUCCAAGAUAGGUAGUUAUUGCCUCUUGUAGUAAUCUCAAUGAUUUGUGAUGAUUUCCUUAUAAUCCUUUAAUACGCUACAGAAGUUGACAGGACAGUUGGGGAAGAAUUCUGAUUAGGUUGAAAAACCUUUUUUGAAUGUAAGUGUGUAGCUGUGACACUUAAGUUGGACAAGAUAAGAAUUUAUAAAACAUGGGGCUCCAGACUUUACAGACUGAAACCUGAGGUGUUAACAGCUCUUGGGAAUGUGGUCUGAUUCUUGGGGUAAUCAUAUGCAGGGCCCAUGUGUUGGACUUCAGUGAUCUUUGUGGAUCAUUGGAGUUGGACUCCAAUGAUCUCUGUGGAUCCCUUCCAACUCAGGAUAUUCUGUGAUUCAAUGAAAUGUGCAGAGAUGGAGUGCAGGCCUCUUUGUUAGCUGAUAGCAUUGGCUAUCAGCUUACUUUUUCUGGAGUCCUUUUCUCACUGUAAUAUGUGUAUGUUUUGAAGAAUGUUAAGUGCAAAGGCAUCACUGUGCAUUAAUCUGAAAUGAUGAAAUAACUGACUGUUCUUAGGAAAAAUACUACCAUUGUGUUUAUGAUGAUCUGUAAGCCUUAUUACAAAAAUCCCUUUGUUUUACUGCUCAACAGGAGAUGCAAACGCCUGGCUGGACACUGUGAGUGUCACCCAGCCCCUCAGUCUGAUCUGUGCGUCCUCUCAGAUCUACUGAGAGAAAAAUGGUCUGAAAUGGCAGCCUCAGAAAGAGCAUUUCAUUAAGUUGUUCAGCUGUCUGGAGCCCAAGAAGAUCAAGAGUGUUUCAGUUUCCUUUUCCAGGGGGGAAAUUAGUUGCAAGUGUGACUAAAAUUUUCAGUUUCUACAACUCACCUCGCAACUGAACAUUCCUGACAAGGGAAGAAGAUAAGUGUCCCUCCUUGCGGUACUUGAAGAUUUCUUGCAGCUAUUUCCAACCUGUUAUCCCAAUUUCUUUAGCACUGUAUUUGUCCUCAAAUAAAGCAGUAUCUAAAUUA